AUGCAAUACGACAAGGAGAACAAGGCGGCCGAUUCGCCGUCGCGCUCGCUUGAGCAUGCGACCGAUCUCGAGCGUCCUGUCUACGAGGAAGAGCACAUCCAAUGUCCGCCUCACACAACGGAGCGCAAGCUCUUGACCAAGAUUGACCUGCGCGUUAUUCCUUUCCUGUGCGUUAUGUAUUUGCUGGCUUUUCUUGAUCGAGUCAACAUCGCCAACGCCAACGUCUUUGGUCUCUCAAAAGAACUUGGCCUAGACGGCACCCUGUACAACAACGCUCUUGUCGUCUUCUUCGUUCCGUAUAUCCUGCUCGAGAUUCCUUCCAACAUCCUCCUCAAGAAGUUCCAACCCCAUGUCUGGCUCAGCAUCAACAUGUUCGGCUUCGGCCUCGUCACCAUGCUUCAGGGUUUCGUUCAGAACUACGCUGGGCUCUGCGCGACGCGUGUAGCACUCGGAAUCUUUGAAACUGGCAUGUUUCCAGGCGCCUUCUACCUCAUCGGCAUGUGGUACAAACGACACGAAGCCCAGAGACGCUACUCCUUCUUUUUCGGUAGCACCACCCUUGCAGGCGCCUUUGGUGGUCUCCUUGCCGCCGCAAUCGGAAAGAUGGGUGGCGUGCGUGGUUACGCCGGCUGGCGCUGGAUCUUCAUCCUCGAGGGCCUGUUAACCGUCAUCGUCAGCUUCUUCUUCUACUUUUGGCUGCCCGAUUUCCCUGAAGAUGUCAAGUGGCUCAGCAAGGAGGAGAAGGCGUUCGUCUCGGCGCGUCUGCGAGUCGACCAGGGCCGCUCAGCGGUGGAGCGCAGCACCACGAUCCGCGAUGUCGGCAACCUCUUCAAGGAUUACAAGGUCAUUGUCGGAGGCUUCAUGUACUUCGGCCUGAUUGUGCCCGCAUACGGAUACGCCUACUUUGCGCCCGGAAUCAUCCAGUCCUAUGGCUACGACAGCAUCCAGACGCAGCUGCACAGCGUGCCUCCUUGGGCCGCGGCUUUUGCUUUCUCCAUGAUUAUCGCAUUCAUCUCGGACAAGACGCGUCACCGAUUCCUGUUCGCCGUCUUUGCCAUUUGCGUUACCAUCGUUGGCUUCGCUAUCCUGAUUUCGGUGCACAACAACACCUCCGUGCAGUACGCCGCACUCUUCCUCGUCGCCAUGGGCGCUUACACCGCCAUGCCCAUCAUCGUGUGCUGGUUCAACAUGAACCUAGGCGGCCAUCACCGCCGCUCUAUCGGCAGUGCCUGGCAAGUUGGUUUCGGUAACAUUGGUGGUAUCAUCGCCGUCUUUGCUUUCCUGAAGAAAGACGCGCCCAAGUACAUUCCUGGAUACAGCAUCUGUAUUGCAUUUGUCAUCUUGAGCGGUCUAUCUUGCCUCGUCUAUGCUAUUGGAUGCUGGGCGGCGAACAAGAGCAGAGACAAACAUGCGGGCCAGUCGACUCUUACUGAAGAAGAGAAGACGGAGUUGGGAGAUUUGUCACCUGAUUACAGAUACCUCUUGUAA